AUGAACGAAGAUGAGAAAUUGCCAAAUUUUUCAAGGUCGUCCUUACGCAGAAUUUUAAAACACCUUAAUUAUGAAUAUUUAAAAAAAAAUCGGAAUAGUGCACUUAUUGAACGAAAUGAUAUCGUGUGUUGGCGUCGGAAAUAUUUGGAAUCAUUAAAACAUUAUAGGCUGAGUGGUAGACCAAUAUACUACCUUGGCGAAACCUGGGUCGAUGCAGGUGAAGCUACCACAAAGUCAUGGGUCGACACAGUAAUAAAUUCGCCCGGGGAUCCAUUGGUUCGAAAACGCACUACUGGACAAAAGGAACCAUCAUGUAAGGGCAAACGAUUAAUUGCAUUACACAUCGGGUCAGCUGACGGGUUUGUUCCUGGUGGUCUUUUAUCUAUUGAGUCAAAGAAAAACACGUUAGACUAUCAUGAUGAGUUGAAUGGGGACACGUUUUACGACUGGUUCAUCAAAAUCCUACCAUCUCUAAAAGAAAACGCAAUAAUAGUGAUAGAUAAUACCUCAUACAAUUCUGUAAAAAAAUAUCCAUUUCCAACCAUGGCUUGGAAUAAACAAAAAAUUAUAGAUUGGUUAGAAAAUAAAGGUGAAAUAAUUCAGCCAUCAUUGAUUAAACCUCAGCUUUUAGAAAUAGCCAACGAGCUUAAACCGCUGCACGACAAGUAUGUGAUAGAUGAAGUAGCAAGAGAUCAUAAUAAAAUAGUCUUACGGUUGCCUCCCUACCACUCUGAGCUGAACCCUAUUGAGAUCGCUUGGUCCUGGGUAAAACAUCAUGUACUUAUGAAUAAUACGACAUUUAAAUUAGAGGAUGUACUUAAUUUAUUAAAAGAUGCCGUGGAACACGUAACGAGCGAAAUGUGGACGAAUUUUGUUGACCACGUAAUGAAAGAAGAGGACAAAUUCUGGAAAAUUGAUCAUCUGUCUGACGAGAUUUUUGAUGCGGAAAUAGGAGAGCAUACAGGCGACAUUUCUUCAGAUUCUGAUGACGAAAACUUUUAA